UUCCCACCGCGCAGGACUCCCCGCUCGUUUCGCAAAGGAGGUUGCUCGCGCCACACCUCUUGUUCUUUGCCGUCGGUUCUUACGCCACGCGCCCAGCGAAAGCCUUUGCGCAGACGCGGAGGCACCUGCUCCCUUCGUCGCCUGCCUGCCAGUCUUGGCAGCUCAGCCGAGAGCUGGCCGCGCCAGUUAAGGGUGCGCGCGCGUGCCGGCAGGCACGGCAGGCAGCCAGGCAGGCGCGGGAGCGAGCGAGGCGAGCGCUGCCCCAGUGCUGCUCCUCCGCGAUGCUGCACGCCCAACUCCCGGCCGGAGGGGGGUAGCAGCCUCUGUCGCCAGCUCUUUCCUCCGCAAGGGUGGCAGCUGCCGGAGGAGAACCACCAUGCAUAACCUCCUUUUUGGCAUGGAGCUGCAGCUGCUGGAGUGAGCGAGCGAGCGAGCGAAGGACAGAGCUCAGUCGGCUGCAUGGAUGGAUGUGUUUAGCUUUGUCAAGAUUGCCAAGCUCUCCGGUCACAGGACCAAGUCUUCAGGCUGGCCUCCCUCUUCAGGAUCCUGGAGUUUGAACCAGGGGUCUUCCUAUGGAUGGGAGAUGACGGCAAACAGAGAUGGGAGAGACUACUUCAUCAAUCACAUGACACAAUCAGCCCCUUUUGAUGACCCUCGAAUAGACAGCUGCCAAAUCACACCUCCAGCCCCUCGGAAAGUGGAAAUGAGGAGAGAUCCUGUGCUGGGAUUUGGUUUUGUUGCUGGCAGUGAAAAACCAGUGGUUGUGCGCUCUGUAACACCAGGGGGCCCCUCUGAAGGAAAACUUAUACCAGGAGACCAGAUCAUAAUGAUUAAUGAUGAGCCAGUCAACACUGCUCCAAGGGAGAGAGUCAUCGACCUUGUCAGGAGCUGCAAAGAAUCGAUCCUCCUUACUGUUGUUCAGCCUUAUCCUUCUCCUAAAUCGGCAUUUAUCAGUGCUGCAAAAAAGGCCAGAUUGAAGUCCAAUCCUGUUAAAGUGCGAUUCUCAGAAGAGGUUAUUAUUAAUGGACAGGUUUCGGAAACAGUUAAGGAUAAUUCACUUCUUUUCAUGCCAAAUGUUCUGAAGGUGUAUCUUGAAAAUGGGCAAACCAAAUCUUUUCGCUUUGACUGCAGCACUUCAAUAAAGGAUGUAAUUUUAACAUUACAAGAAAAGCUCUCAAUUAAGUGUAUCGAACACUUUUCUCUGAUGUUGGAACAGAAGUCUGAAGGGACUGGAACCAGACUUCUCUUGCUACAUGAACAAGAGACUCUAACUCAGGUGACCCAGAGACCAUGCUCCCAUAAGAUGAGAUGUCUCUUCAGAAUCAGUUUUGUCCCAAAGGAUCCUAUUGACCUUUUACGAAGAGAUGCAGUUGCCUUUGAGUAUCUGUAUGUACAAAGUUGUAAUGAUGUAGUUCAAGAGAGGUUUGGACCUGAACUAAAAUAUGAUAUUGCACUGCGACUGGCUGCAUUACAAAUGUACAUAGCAACUGUCACCACCAAACAUACCCAGAAAAUCUCCCUCAAAUACAUUGAAAAAGAAUGGGGCCUGGAGACUUUUCUGCCAUCUGCUGUACUGCAGAGCAUGAAAGAAAAGAACAUAAAGAAAGCAAUUUCGCAUCUUGUCAAAGCAAAUCAAAACCUAGUUCCUCCGGGUAAAAAGCUAUCUGCCCUGCAAGCAAAGGUACACUAUCUCAAGUUUCUCAGUGAUCUACGACUAUAUGGGGGCCGUGUAUUUAAGGCAACAUUAAUGCAGGGAGAAAAGCGUUCUGAAGUGACACUAUUAGUGGGGCCACGAUAUGGCAUCAGCCAUGUAAUAAACACCAAAACAAACCUGGUGGCCCUGCUUGCAGAUUUCAGCCAUGUCAACAGAAUUGAGAUGUUUACAGAAGAUGAAACUACUGUUAGAGUUGAGCUUCAUGUGCUAGAUGUAAAACCAAUCACUUUACUAAUGGAAUCAUCAGAUGCCAUGAAUCUUGCCUGUUUAACAGCUGGGUACUAUAGACUUCUAGUUGAUUCCAGGCGCUCAAUAUUUAACAUGGCCAGCAACAAAAAUGGUGCAAGCCGUGAAGCAGGGACGGAAACAAAGGGGAAGCAUAACCUCCAUGGGUCUGAGUGGAACUGUGUAGCAAAAGCUACUACCUUCCCAGCAGAAGGAGACCAGGAGAGCCAAAUGUUUGUAGACUCAAAACAAAAAACUGCAGAUACUUCUGACAGCACUUUAUGUCAAAAAGAACACAGGCAUAUGUAUAUAGAGAAUGUUUAUAGUUCAAGUGGGAUUGAUCAGCAGCUGGCCAAACAAGGUGACUCAGCGGAAGCAGAAGAAAACAGAAGUUUAAACCAGCAAUCUGUGUUGUCAUAUUCAGGAGGACUGGACUCGAGCAAGAAAACACAAGGAUCUCCAAGAGCAGCAAAAGUAUCCUUUAUAUUUGGAGAUCACAAUUUGGAUGGCAUUAAUCCCCAAACUCUUGGCUAUGAGAGACUAUUGGAUGAAAGUCCAGAAGCAUUAGAUAAGCAAAGAGCUCUUUAUAUAAGCCAUGCCAAUGACAUUAAGGGUUUGGAGUUGUCCCCAGAUGCUGAAAGUAUUCAGUUUGCUGCUAAUUCUGUAUAUGAUGGCAAAAUAUUUGGAGCUGCAGAAGGAAUAGAAGAGCCUUUGCUGCAUGAUAUUUGCUAUGCAGAGAACACAGAUGAUGCCGAAGAUGAAGAUGAAGCAAGCUGUGAGGAAGACAUUGUGGUGGGAGAAAUCAAUAGACCUGCUCUGCUCAGCCUUUCAGGUUCCAGCGAUGACAUCAUUGAUUUGACAUCACUCCCACCUCCUGAGGGUGAUGAUAAUGAAGAUGACUUCCUGUUGCAUACUCUAAACAUGGCCAUUGCUGCUCCUCCACCUGGAUUUAGGGACAGCUCUGAUGAAGAAGAUUCUCAGAAUCUGACUACACAAUAUAGGGAAGACAUGGAGCAAACAAAAAAAUUAGAGAGUGAUGAUAUUCCAGUGUCACUUAUUGAUGCUGUCCCUACUAGUACUGAAGGAAAAUGUGAAAAGGGGCUAGAUGAUGCUGUGGUUUCUACUCUUCAAGCACUGGAGGCUUUGGCUGCUUCAGAGGAACGACAGACACAUGAAAAUUCAGGUGUAGCCAUCUUGAGAGCAUAUAGCCCUGAAUCAUCAUCAGAUUCUGGCAAUGAAACAAACUCUUCUGAAAUGACUGAAAGUUCUGAACUGGCCACCGCACAGAAACUGACUGAAAAUGCCACGCGGAUGUUUUUGCCAUCUAAUGAAGGUUAUCAACCACUUGCUGAACCACAGACAGAAUUCUCCAUCACCAAGAAUCAGACUGGGGGCCUGCUUAUGAAAUCUUUACAGUCCUCAGUUAAUCAGCAAGUUCCAGAGCUGCAGCAGUCAAAAGUUGUGCCUUCCAAGCAGAUUCUUCAUUCAGAUAACAUGGAGAUGGAGCCAGAAACCAUGGAAACAAAGUCUGUAACCGAAUAUUUUAGCAAGCUGCACAUGGGGUCUGUGUUGUAUUCUUGCACUACUAAACGGAAAAAUAAGGUAACUGAUGGGGAAGGGAAAGCAACCCCUGAGGGCAAUGCUGUUAUGAAAAAACAGCAGGGGGUGAAAAAAACAGAAACUGAUGAGCAAAAGGGUAAAACCAGUACCCUUUCGUCAAGAGAGAGUCAACGCAUAAGCACUUUUAAUGUGGAGAGAACUGCUGUUCGCAAGGAUGGCCAAAGAUGGUAUGCUGCUUCAGAUGAGGGAGCAGUAGAAAAACCAAAUUUAGAAUCAGUGAAUGGAAAGACAGUUUUGAGAGUUUCCAGCCUUGGAAAAACAGAGAUGGACUGUAAAGAUGAAAUGCAUCCUGAACUCGAUCAUAGUGGAAUGUUAGGACAUGGGCCACAAGAAAAUUUUGUGUCAGAGAUGACCACUCUGUCUUCACCCAAAGACCUAAAUGAUUCUGAAGAUGCCGAUUUAUCUGCAGAUGACCAUCUCUCAAAGCUUCCAGAUGCAGAGCAGGGUGUGACUAGAUUAUGUGAGUAUCACUUAGCUAAGCGCAUGUCAUCUUUGCAAAGUGAAGGCCAUUUUUCAUUGCAAAGCUCACAAUGCUCUUCAGUAGAUGCAGGAUGCAGCACAGGCAGCAGCAUGUGUGGAACCCCAGUUGAAUCGCCGCUUUGUACCUCUGAUGCUAAGCACAUGAUGCCUGACUCGACAGGAAAAGGCAUAAGUUAUAUUCCAGCAGAUGAAAGAGUUAGCAUGCUUCCCAACCACGGAGCAACAUACAAGGAGCUGCAUCAGCAAUCUGAAACUGUGUGUCACAGAAUGACAGUGCCUGUUAUGCAUUCCACAGUUAAUACUGCUGACCCUGUGUUUGGCACUUUGAGAGAUGGAUGUCACAGAAUUCCCAAGAUUAAAGAAACUACAGCUUUCACAGAGCCUGUGACUGGAAGACGAGAAGGCAUGCCUUCAGCUUUCCCUAAACAGCCUAGAGCUGACUCCAUCAUGCUAUCAUCCCACAUUCACUCUGAAUCAAAGGUGCCAAGUCAAAAUCAAGACUCUUUUGAUGUUCUCAAAGUCAACCAGUCAGGUGGGGUAGAGGUUAGUUUUUGGCCAUAUGAUAUGAUGGGAGGAAGCCUCAGGAUGCCACACAACAGAAAAGUUUUGCAACGUAGAAGCAGUGUUGUUGCAGAAUCUACAGGCAUUGAGAUGUUUGAGAAGAAGAAAGCCGCAGUCGAUUGGAUAAGUACAGAUAUCACAGAAGCUGAUGAUUCAAAAUCGGAAAGAAGAGGAGAACUUCCUCUGGGCAAAAUGUUAUCAAAAGGUUAUUCUCAAAGUUCGGUGAAUGUCAGCAUGAACAGUAAAAGCUCUUCCAACUUGAGCAUCAUUCAGAAGGAUUCUAAGCAGUAUAGAACAUUGCCCUUACGCAAGCUAGAUGCUAGCAAUUGGAAAUGCCAUGGUCCCUUUAGCUAUUGUUUCCUAAAAAGAGGAAAUGCUGAAGAUGACGACGAUGAAGAUGAACACAGAGAAAGCACCCAGCUCUCAUGCCUCUAUCAACCUGCCAUACAGUGCAAGGUAGCAGAACUGUCUAGUCAGUCUUCUUCCACAGGAAAGGAAGAAAGGAAGAAAGAAGAGGAACAGCCCCCCAGAGAUGCAGGAAACAGUCCAAACAAAAAGAGCCAUCCUGAAGACCAGGAUGGUACAACCAAUAUGGAUCUCAGUGACUUGUCCUUCGAUGCACAAAUUGCAAGACUCAGUGUAAUGAAGGAGAAGAAUUAUGCAGUGCCUGAUGGAUUUCUUGCAGCACAAAAGGAUGCCAGUGAGCUACUCUGUUUGGUCCGAUCUAGUGCGGGGAAGAGGGAGGAUCAUCCAGAAACAUAUGACCUUAAACUUUCUCAGUACAAACAACUGUUAUCUGUAGAAUCAAGACAGUUGGGAAGUGCCUGCAGGAAAAUUGCCAUGGCUGAAAAAAGCCCUGAGGAAAUGCUUGUUGCUAUGACUUCUAGCUUUCAAGUACUCUGUUGCUUAACAGAAGCCUGCAUGCGUUUAGUUAAAAUGAUGAACUCUGAAACACAGCAGGAGGAAAUUGUAGCUAAAAUAGAUGAGGUUGUAAUAAACUACAUUUGUCUUCUACAGGCUGCAGAAGCAGCAUCUGGCAAGACCUCCAGUGACUCUAGCAUUAAACUCUUGGCUCGUCAUUCGACUACCAUGGCCACUAUUGUAAGCACACUAACACGUUCUCUUAAAAUGCUUUUAAAUAAAUAAAUAAAUAAAUAAAAAGUCACUUCAUAAUCUACCUUUGCAAAGCCAUACAUAAAAAAACCUUUUAUUUACUUAUAUGUGUAUGAACUAAUGUUAACAAAAUCUGUUCUCUCCUCAGAUAUUUUGUUAUUUUAUAUAAAAUAGGUAUGAGAUUAAAAAAGAAUCUAUGAAACUGACAAACUACUGGCCAGUUCAGUUGUUCUGUUACCUUAAAAAAGAGCAUUUGGACAUUUGGCUUUUUCAUAGUCAAAUAUACAAGUGUCCGUUCUAAAGACUGCAGUGCUAGAUGAAAUUCUUCCUUUCCCCCUCCAGGUUUAUACUUGGAAACUAUACUAUUCUUGUUUAGAACUAAGAAAUUGAAUCAUAAUGUAUAAAACAGUAUUUAAUGUUUGAAUUAUAAUUUUUAAAUUAUUGAAAAUAGCAAAAAUACAUUUUAAACCCCAGAGACUAUUAUGACUUAUUAGAGAUUAUAUAUAUAUAGAUAUAUAUAUAUAAAAUAAAUGACUCUUUUGUUCAUA